UUCUUUUUAUUUUCUUUCCUUUUCCGUGCACAAACAAACCUGCUAUUCCCUCUCUUCGCCCCUCUCUCUCUCUCUCUCUCUCUCUCUCUCCCCUUUCUCUUUUUUCCGAGACAGGGAGAGAUAGAGAAGCAGAGAAUCUGCAGAACAAACAUCCAACUCUCCUAAUCAUUUUCCUUCUCUGUCCACACUCUUGUCUCAUAAAUUGCCACGAUAUUUCACCCUUUUCCCUACAUUCACCUUUUUCUCUUCUUUCAUUCGCUUUUUCUUCCUACCUGAAUUUCCUCCUCUCUCUAUCCCCCACAAUAAAUUUCCGUUUCUUCUUCAACAAUUUCGUGUUGCGUGGCUCAAAUUUUCAAUUUUUCGCAUUCCCAGAAGGGAAUUCAAGUAGCAUGUUACGUUUCGUGGGGUCCCGCUUCUGAAUUUGAAACAAAUUUUGUUGAGUUUUCUGCAAAGCUUUAGUUUUUCUUGACUCUCGUUGCUUUUGAGCAUCUGGGUCGGUGAGGAAUUACCGGAAAAUCAUGCCGCCGGCUCUGAUGGACCCUCCAUUCCCGGAAUCGUCGUCGGUGCCGUCUUUAAGCUCCGACACCGUUUCUCAGGGAUCGGCACCGGAGAGUCGGCGAUUCGUGGAUCUUAGAGGUUUGCAGUGGCGUAUAAAUCUUGGGGUGUUACCGUCUUCUUCUUCCAUUGAUGAUCUUCGUCGUGCCACCGCCAAUUCGAGAAGGAGGUAUGCCAGUUUGAGAGGACGCCUCCUGGUUGAUCCGCAUCUUCCCAAGGAUGGAAGUGGUUCACCUGAUCUUGUCAUGGACAACCCACUUUCACAAAAUCCAGACAGUACAUGGAGUCGCUAUUUUCGGAAUGCGGAGCUGGAGAGGAUGGUUGAUCAGGACUUAUCACGUUUAUAUCCAGAACAUGGCAACUAUUUUCAGACACCAGGAUGCCAAGGCAUAUUGAGACGAAUUUUAUUACUAUGGUGUCUCAGACACCCAGAAUGUGGUUAUAGACAAGGAAUGCAUGAAUUACUUGCUCCGGUGCUUUAUGUUCUCCAAGUUGAUGUGGAACGUCUUUCUGAAGUCCGAAAGCUUUAUGAAGAUCACUUCACAGACAGAUUUGACGAUCUCUUUUUUCAAGAGAAUGAUCUCUCUUACAGCUUUGAUUUUAGAAAAUCUUCAGACUUAAUGGAGGAUGAAAUUGGCUCUAAUGGAAAUGCAACGAAAAUGAAGAGUCUUGAUGAACUUGAUCCUGAGAUACAGACCAUUGUAUUGCUAAGUGAUGCUUACGGGGCUGAAGGUGAACUGGGCGUUGUUUUAUCUGAGAAAUUCAUCGAACAUGAUGCAUACUGCAUGUUUGAUGCUUUAAUGAAUGGUGCUCGUGGUUCAGUUGCAAUGGCCGAUUUCUUCUCUUAUUCACCUGUACAUGGGUCUCAUACUGGCUUGCCUCCUGUAAUUGAAGCUUCUGCUGCAUUGUAUCAUUUGUUGUCUCAUGUGGAUUCAUCUCUGCAUAGCCAUCUUGUUGAGCUUGGAGUUGAACCCCAAUACUUUGCUCUCCGCUGGUUGCGAGUUUUAUUUGGACGGGAAUUUUCACUAGGCAACCUCUUGAUAAUCUGGGAUGAAAUCUUUCUAUCAGAUAAUAGUAAAAUGGAUAAACACAUCGAGGAUAACACAGACUCUGGUUUUAGGAUCUUUCAAUCCUCUCGUGGAGCAUUCAUCACAGCUAUGGCUGUGGCGAUGAUACUUCGUUUAAGAUCUUCACUGCUUGCAACUGAAAAUCCAACAAUCUGUCUCCAGAGAUUAUUAAACUUCCCUGAGGACACUGACAUUAAAAAACUAAUAGAGAAGGCUAAAUCCUUGCAGGCUCUUGCAUUAAGUACUGACAUUUCAUCUUCAAUGCCUUCAUUUGUGGAUUAUUAUCAUAACCAGGGUAAAUCAAUUAUUGCUAAAUCUCACACUUCUGAAUCAGCUUCACCAAAAAAUCCUCUGAAAUUGUUACCUGAUAGCUACUGGGAAGAAAAGUGGAGAGUUGUCCAUAGUUCUAAAGAACAUAAGCAAGAUGGAGUAGAAAAAGAGGUUCCAACUAGGAAGAAGGGAUGGACAGAAAAAGUGAAAUUCAGUUUGAGAAGAACAGAAUCUGACCCUUCAUCAAGGAUUAAGAGUGGUAAAAAGGAAUCUAAGUCAACUGUUAGGCGCAAUUUGUUAGAAGAUCUUUCUAAGGAACUUGGCUUUGAGGAAGAUACAGAAACGCGGCACUGUCAUGAAAUCUUGCGCCAACAGGAUAAUCUUUCUACAGCAGUCCAAGAGGAGCAUCGAGAUGAUGUCUCUGAAGGCAGCAACUGCUACUCUUCCGAGGAUAGAUGUCUAAGUCGAAACAUCAGUGAGGAUAACUCACCUAUAAUUUCUUGCCCUGCUAGUCCUCCUAACGAGGCCAAUUAUCCUGAAAACGACUCGCAGAAGAGCAGUGUUGGGUCUAAUUUAUCCCUUGAUGAAAUUCAUGAAACUUCACAUAGUAGUCCCAUUGAUUCACCUGUUCCAACAUCUGAUCAUCCCAAGAACGAAUCUCGGAUAUCAGGGUCCCAUAAUAUCAAUAAUUCUACACGAAACUCAACCACACAUUCUGACAGAAAACUGAAUAAAUUCCAGUGGCUUUGGAAAUUUGGGCAGAACAAUGGCGAGUUUAUGUCAGACAAAGGAGAAGAUUCUUCUGAGGCUGUAAAACCUGCCAACAACAGUAACAAUCAAAAUAAUACAAUCCCCUCUUCUACAGCUAAUGGACAUUGUAGUUCUGUUUAUUGCAAAGGGGAUUCUACAGAGCAGAAUGUGAUGGACAGUUUGCGGAAUCUUGGGCAGUCUAUGCUUGAGCAUAUUCAGGUGAUCGAGUGUGCUUUCCAACAAGAGCCGGGAGAAGGAGCAUUAUCAGUGGAUAACAUGUCAAAGAAUCCUGUGAUUGGUAAAGAGGAGGUUACUGCCAUAUCAGCUCUGGAGGAGCUCCGCAGAAUUAGCAAUCUUUUGUCUGAGAUGUGAGAGUGAGAGGAAACUUACAUUCUCUGUAUAUAUUUUUGUAAUUACAAUUCUUUAGUGACCAUAAGAUGGUUUCUUCUGCUUCACUUCCUUAUAUAGCUCAUAAAUACCAAAGUUUUGCAGAUGUUCUGACUGAGAGAUGAAUAUGUAUAUAAACAAAUAUUCGGGUUACUGUGAAAUAAAUUAUGACUCAUUCCUGUUUAUGAU